AAAUAGGAAAGGCUUUUGGGUUGUGCGUCUUCUAUUUUAGACGCCACUGGAGUGCCUCGUCACCCGAUCAAUCCAUGUAAUGGACAGUCCAAGGAAAAUUGGCAUUCAGUACCGGUCCGAUCACGGAUCCUCAUGUUGGGAAAGGAGUGAGUCCAUUUCAAAGUGGCCAACAAAUACAAAAAGAUGGGCGACGAAAUCGAGUAUUUCUUGAAAUUGACGGUCGUGGGGGACCACAAUGUGGGGAAAACGGCCUUGUUGGAGACCUUCACCAAUGGAGGGUUCAUUCGUGACGAACUUCCAAAAUUAUUUUCCUCCAACACGGUCACAGUCGAGGAAUUCAGUAUUGACCUUUGGGACACAGAUCCCAGUGAUAAGGUGCAAAAGUUGCGACCCAUUACUUAUACGAACACAUGUAUCUUCUUGAUUUGUUUCUCUAUCGACAAUGCCAGCUCACAUGAAAGCGUGACAACGAAAUGGGUGCCAGAGAUCCGCAAAUUCAGCUCCAAGAUACCUUUCAUGAUUGUGGGGACAAAAACCGAUUUGCGAACUCGAUCCUCGAUUCACCCUGAUGUGGGCAAAGAAUUGGCCGAGGCUGCUGGCGCCGUCAAAUAUAUGGAAUGUUCGGCUAUUCAUAAUGACAACGUCCAAGAAGUCUUCCUGGAAGCCGCUCGACUAUCCGACCGACGUUCCUUACAAGAAAAAUCCAAGACUUGUGUCUUGUUGUAAAAGCAGACAACCUGGCCGGAGAGUAGUAGGCUGAGUAGCUCUAAUAAAGAUAAACUAUUUAUUAGAUAGUUCUUUGGCUAAUUUACUACCCAUUUAUCUUUACUUGCUAAAAUCCAUUAGAAGAAGAAUAACCAUAAUAAUGAUAAUCUGAUUGUGAUAAUUGUAUUCUGUUACAAAAUCGGUGACGACACGACUCUUAGUAAAAAUUGAAGCAUAAAUAAUUUUGUCAUUUUUUGGCAAAAAAAGGCAAAAGAACCCAAAUUGUUUCCGAACCCAACAGUUAAACAGAACCAACAACAUUUCAAUCAACCAGACAGAGCAACCAGUUUGAUGAGCAACGAAUACGAUUAGACUGGACAAACAUAUGCUUCGCGUAUUUGAGUGCUGUGUCGUCGGAGACAAUCAAAUGAUUCGAUCGAAUGAGAAGGAUUCUAAUUGCAAUAACAAAAUGCAUCGUCGGAAUAGAAUUAGAUUAUUUUAAUACAAGUCUGUUCAACAUCAAUUGUUAGAUUCCCAAAAAUUGGGAAUUACAUAUCAUUAUACGGGUAUGCAUUUACCAUGUGAGACACU